AUGGUUUUGCCACAUUGUGGUUUGUAUUUCUUCAUUUUUUUAUAUCUAAUGACUGGAGCAUGGAUAUUUGCAACAGUAGAGGAUAAUGCGGAUCGUGAACAACAAAUGAGUAAAUUAUUAAAAAUUCAUGAUACGUAUCAGAAGAUUGCUGAAAUUGCAAGUGAAGAAUGUUGGAUUGCAUCAAAAAAGACUAAUUUUAAACCAAAAUUAUUUCAAAUACUCUCAAAGUUAUCAUCUGUUAUGGAAGGACGAGAUUUCUUGCUUAAUCCCGAUGUUAAUCAACUGGAUGAAUUGAUUUCACCAAAAUGGACUGCAAUACCAUCAAUUUUAUAUGCAUUAUCAAUUCUGACAACAACAGGUUAUUUAUCAGCAGUACCGAUGACAAAAUUUGGACAAUUUAUUGCUAUAGUUUAUGGAUUGAUUGGCAUUCCAUUGAUGGUAUUGGCAGCGGUUGAUAUUGGACAUUUCUUAUCUGAUAUUGUCUUAUUACUUUAUCAAAAAUACUGUAUGAUGAAGCAUAAAAUUGGAAAAGCAUGUGGUUGUUCGGAGAAGAAGCAAUUUGUUAUGGAAUUAAUGGAAACAAAGAGUAUUCCACAUGUGCCAAAAAUUCGGAAACGGAAGAAAGAAAGUAAAGAGGUGAUAGUGUCGAUGAAGGAAAGUAAUACUGAAAUGAAAGGUUUACCGUUAUCCGUGAAUGCUUCAAUCUUACUUGUAUUUUGCAUGCUUGGCGGUAUGUGCUAUAUUGUCGCCGGUGGUCAAAAAAGUUUUUUGGAAGCAUUCUUUGUUACGUUCAAUUUAGUAGCCAAUUUAUCAAUGGCUGAAAUGCCUAACGAUCUGAAUAAUAUCCUGACAUUUUUCUACAUCCUAAUCUUUGUCACAUUUGGUCUUGCUGUAUUAUCCAUGUGCGGUAAUUUGGCAGCUUCUGAACUAAGAGCUGUUUUCAUGAAAAUUCAUUAUUUUGGCCGAAAAAUUUCCUGGCGUAGACAACAAAUAGCAAAGGAAAAGCGACGUAGUAGAGAACUUACUGAAAUACUGAAAGUUAUUAUUGCAAUACGCCAAUUACAUCCCAAGAAAGACAAUAUAACUUCAGAAGAUAUCAUAGGGAGUGUUGAUAACGAAUCUUGGACAAUAACUGGCAAACUUGAUCAUAAAAUUUUGAAUGAAAUGCAAUACAGCUCGUUUUGCAACGAUCUUUGCAAUCAAAAAAAACGACGUGAUACAAUCGCAUUUACGCCGCAAAGCUUCGAAGCAUUGCGAUUUGCGGAUGAACUUGACGUGGAUGACACAGUACAUCGAGCUUUUUCCCGAGGUCAUUUAUUUUCAUAAACGGACACAACGUACCGGUUUCCCACCCCUUUGGCUGAUACAUCGAUUGAUCAAUAUCUGCAAAUAAAAACUAAAUUUCUUCCUUUCUGAACCAUAUUUGAACUAUAUAUUGCAAUUGC